UGAGAAGGGCUGGUGAUCAUCGCAUACCACACAUAGGUGGAGGGUUGUUAUUCUGUUUCCCGCCUAAGAGAGGAUACCCCUAUUGUUUCUGAAAACGCUGACCAGGACCCACACUUCCAACAAAAAUUCCUCUAUCCCCGCAACAGCAGCAAAAGCAGCGGCAGAAGCAACAGCAAUAGAGAAGUGUUUUGAUGAAUUGCAAGAUGGAUAGGGCUUUCAGUGCCCCCAGCGCUGCUGAUACCAAACGCCUUUAAGAUACAGCCUUUCCCAUCCUAAUCUACAAAGGAAACAGGAAAAAGGAACUUAAAACUCCCUGUGCUCAGACAGAAAUGAGACUGUUACAGCCUGCUUCUGUGCUGUUCCUUCUUGCCUCUGACUUGUAAACAGGACCCAGUAGAACAUGCGAAUGGAAAGUCACAAACCUCUUGGUGUCUGAAAGGAUCCUUGGGACCUCAUGCACAUCUGCGGAAACUGGAUGGAGAGAUUUGGGGAAGCAUGGACUCUUUAGCUGGCUUAGUUCUCUAUGGAGUCAGCUUGCUCCUUUCUGGAACAGUGGACAGUGCCAUGGACCUGAUCUUGAUCAAUUCCCUACCUCUCGUGUCUGAUGCGGAAACAUCCCUCACCUGCAUCGCCACUGGAUGGCGCCCCCAUGAGCCCAUCACCAUAGGAAGGGACUUUGAAGCCUUAAUGAACCAGCACCAGGAUCCACUGGAAGUUACUCAAGAUGUGACCAGAGAAUGGGCGAAAAAAGUCGUUUGGAAGAGAGAAAAGGCUAGUGAAAUCAAUGGUGCGUAUUUCUGUGAAGGGCGAGUUCGAGGAGAAGCAAUAAGGAUACGGACCAUGAAGAUGCGCCAGCAAGCUUCCUUCCUACCAGCUACUUUAACCAUGACUGUGGACAGGGGAGAUAACGUGAACAUAUCUUUCAAAAAGGUGUUGAUUAGAGAAGAAGAUGCAGUGAUUUACAAAAAUGGUUCCUUCAUCCACUCAGUGCCCCGGCACGAAGUACCUGAUAUUUUAGAAGUGCAUCUGCCUCAUGCUCAGCCCCAGGAUGCUGGAGUGUACUCAGCCAGGUACAUAGGAGGAAACCUCUUCACCUCGGCCUUCACCAGGCUGAUAGUCCGGAGAUGUGAAGCUCAGAAGUGGGGACCUGAAUGCAACCGCAUCUGCACUGUUUGUAUGAACAACGGUAUCUGCCAUGAGGAUACAGGAGAAUGCAUUUGCCCACCUGGGUUUAUGGGGAGGACAUGUGAGAAGGCUUGUGAACUGCACACAUUCGGCAGAACUUGUAAAGAAAGGUGUGGUGGACCGGAGGGAUGCAAGUCGUAUGUGUUCUGUCUCCCAGACCCCUACGGGUGUUCCUGUGCCACAGGGUGGCAGGGUCUGCAGUGCAAUGAAGCGUGCCAGCCUGGUUAUUAUGGGCCAGACUGUAAGCUUACAUGCAGGUGCAGCCACGGGGAGACGUGUGAUCGGUUCCAAGGAUGUCUCUGCUCUCCAGAACGCCAAGGGCUCCAGUGUGAGAAAGAAGGCAUGCCAAGGAUGGUCCCAAAGAUAGAGGAUUUGCCGGAUCACAUAGAAGUAAACAGUGGUAAAUUUAAUCCCAUCUGCAAGGCGUCUGGUUGGCCACUGCCUGCUAAUGAAGAAAUGACUCUCGUGAAGCCGGAUGGAACAGUGCUCCAUCCAAAAGACUUCAACCAUACGGGUCAUCUGUCAGUGGCCACAUUCACCAUCCACCGGGUCCUCCCCCCUGACUCAGGGGUCUGGGUCUGCAGUGUGAACACAGUGGCUGGGAUGGUGGAAAAGCCUUUCAACAUUUCUGUUAAAGUUCUUCCAAAGCCCCUGAAUGCCCCAAACGUGAUUGACACUGGACAUAAUUUUGCUGUCAUCAACAUCAGCUCUGAGCCUUACUUUGGGGAUGGACCAAUCAAAUCCAAGAAGCUCCUAUACAAACCUGUUAAUCAUUAUGAGGCUUGGCGGCAUAUUCAAGUGACAAAUGAGAUUGUUACACUCAACUAUUUGGAACCUCGCACAGAAUACGAGCUCUGCGUGCAGCUGGUCCGGCGUGGAGAGGGCGGGGAAGGGCAUCCGGGACCCGUGAGACGCUUCACCACUGCUUCUAUCGGUCUCCCUCCUCCAAGAGGUCUCAUUCUCCUACCAAAAAGUCAGACUACUCUAAAUUUGACCUGGCAACCAAUAUUUCCAAGCUCAGAAGAUGACUUUUAUGUUGAAGUGGAGAGGAGAUCUGUGCAAAUGAAUAGUGACCAGCAGAAUAUCAAAGUCCCAGGCAACUUGACUUCAGUGCUACUUAACAAUUUACACCCCAGGGAGCAGUACAUAGUCCGAGCCAGAGUCAACACCAAGGCCCAGGGGGAAUGGAGUGAAGAUCUCAUCGCUUGGACCCUUAGUGACAUUCUCCCUCCUCAACCAGAAAACAUUAAGAUUUCUAACAUCACAGACUCCUCAGCCAUGAUCUCUUGGACAAUCUUGGAUGGCUAUUCUAUUUCUUCUAUUAUCAUCCGUUACAAGGUUCAGGGCAAGAAUGAAGACCAGCACAUCGAUGUGAAGAUCAAGAAUGCCACCAUUACCCAGUAUCACCUCAAGGGCCUAGAGCCUGAAACAGCUUACCAGGUGGACAUUUUUGCAGAGAACAACAUAGGGUCAAGCAACCCAACCUUUUCUCAUGAACUGAUGACCCUUUCUAAAUCUCAAGCACCAGCGGACCUUGGAGGCGGGAAAAUGCUGCUUAUAGCCAUCCUUGGCUCGGCAGGAAUGACCUGCCUGACGGUGCUGUUGGCCUUCCUGAUCAUGUUGCAAUUGAAGAGGGCAAAUGUCCAAAGGAGAAUGGCCCAAGCUUUCCAAAACGUGAGGGAAGAGCCAGUUGUGCAGUUCAACUCAGGAACUUUGGCCCUGAACAGGAAGGCCAAAAACAACCCAGAUCCUACAAUUUAUCCAGUGCUUGACUGGAAUGACAUCAAAUUUCAAGAUGUGAUCGGGGAGGGUAACUUUGGCCAGGUUCUUAAGGCGCGCAUCAAGAAGGAUGGCUUACGGAUGGACGCUGCCAUCAAGAGAAUGAAAGAAUAUGCCUCCAAAGAUGACCACAGGGACUUUGCUGGGGAACUGGAGGUUCUCUGUAAACUUGGCCACCACCCAAACAUCAUCAAUCUCUUGGGAGCGUGUGAACAUCGUGGCUACCUGUACCUGGCCAUCGAAUACGCUCCCCAUGGAAACCUCCUGGACUUCCUGCGCAAGAGCCGAGUGCUGGAGACCGAUCCCGCCUUUGCCAUUGCCAACAGCACCGCCUCCACGCUGUCCUCUCAGCAGCUUCUCCAUUUUGCAGCAGAUGUGGCCCGUGGCAUGGACUACUUGAGCCAAAAACAGUUUAUCCACAGGGAUCUGGCUGCCAGGAACAUUUUAGUUGGUGAAAACUAUGUAGCCAAAAUAGCAGAUUUUGGAUUGUCCCGAGGUCAAGAAGUAUAUGUGAAGAAGACAAUGGGAAGGCUCCCGGUGCGCUGGAUGGCAAUCGAGUCGCUAAAUUACAGUGUGUAUACAACCAACAGUGAUGUAUGGUCCUAUGGAGUGCUCCUAUGGGAGAUCGUUAGCUUAGGUGGCACUCCUUACUGUGGGAUGACAUGUGCAGAGCUGUACGAGAAGCUGCCCCAGGGCUACAGACUGGAGAAGCCUCUAAACUGUGAUGACGAGGUGUAUGAUCUAAUGAGACAGUGCUGGCGGGAGAAGCCUUAUGAGAGACCGUCAUUUGCCCAGAUACUGGUGUCCUUAAACAGGAUGUUAGAAGAACGCAAGACUUACGUGAACACCACGCUUUAUGAGAAGUUUGCCUACGCAGGGAUCGACUGCUCGGCUGAGGAGGCAGCCUAGGACCAAGCCCACCCACCUAUAUGUUCUGUCUCCCCUCCACUGGCAUGACAGACCCUUGAUGCCAAGCAAGCCAGCAAGACUGUGCCAAGAGAGGUGACCUAGAACAUAAACAUGUACAUAUAUUGCUGUGUGUCUGGGACUUUACCACAAAAACCCGUGUGUGUGAAUCUAUAGUACACUUUGACUCUCAUAGGACUGUAUAUACUGUUUUGAGUAAGAAUGUGCUGAAAUCAGAAUGCCUGUUUGUGGUUUCAUAUGCAAUAAUAUAUUUUUCUAAAAAUAUGGACUUUACAGGAAGGUGUGUGAGUACAAUUACUAUAAUGCAUAACUCAUUAUCAUCCUAGGUAUUUUUGAUAUUUACCUUCAUAGUGAAUGCUAUAAAAUCUUUGGCUCUGUAGAAGAAAGAUCUUGUUAGUAAACCUAAGACCGGCCCUGAUAGUCCGGGUAAGAAAAGUGGGGGAAAUAGGUUAGUUCUAUCAGGGUAGAGGUUAACAUCUAAAAGAGAUCCUGCUGUCCAUCUCUUAACUUUCUCCCUCGUGUAUAGAAGCCAUCCCACUUUCACUUGGUCAUUUGUCAACUUCGUCAUGUGUUUCCAGACCCCACCAGUCAAUCCAGAAUGCUAACACCUAAAAGUAAGCUUCAAUCUCAUUGCAUACAAGUCUAAGAAUCUUUAGAGAAGUACAAGUUUGAUAAAUUAAUGAGAUUUGGUUUUAGUUUCUCUGGUAACAUGGAUUUGUGCAUUUUAAGAAACUGAAGUAGGAAGCCUGGAGUUCCACUUGGGAGACAUGCGACAUUUGUAUCAACUGAACAUCCCUACAUGUAUUGCACGUUGUAAAGUUUCAGUGUUGAUCAGUUGUGAGUUUACAGUUUAUACCGUAGGCACAUGUUGCACUGAGGUCAUACAGUAAGUGAAUAAAUGUCUUGCCUACCCACUUUUCGUCCGGGAAUGUUUCUCAUAGGUAUUGACAAACAUCUUUAUUAUACUUUAAAGUUAUCCUCCUUGAACUUGUCAGUAAGAUUCAUGUAGAGCAGCAGGUGGGUACUCGGCCAGACAGGGGCUCGCAAGCUCCCAGGAUUGGAAACAUCGAGAAGUGUUGUGUCUAGUUCAUUUUCUUGCCAGGGCCAUAUACCUCCAACUGAGAACUUAAAUGAAGAGCCCUUGAUAAUGAGUCCCAAUAGUUUCUUUUGCUUUUUACCCAAAUGCUGUAGAGAUACUCCUGACAACUGCUAGCUUGAAUGUAUAGUAUGUGGAAAUGAACCACAACAAGGAUGAUCUGAAAAUGUAAAUAAGAUCUUCACAUUUUUCAUAUGGCUUUGGAACAAACGUUAAGGUUUUUUCCCCCCUGCAAUAGUUUGACCUUCUUAAUUAUGUAUUACUUAAAUUCAUAGUAUCCGAAAUUUGAAUUAUUUCAUGUCAAGUACAUGAAAAGAGACAUGGCGAAGAAGUACUUGCGAUAGUAAGAAAAAGAUGUUCAGUGAUAAUUAUUUGUAACUCAAAAUGCCAAGGCAGCAAACCUGAAGUAUGUUUGAGGGCCUGUCGUCGCAGGCACUGAGGUCCUUCUGGCACUCAGGUCUCACUACUGAUUACUCAGAUGCACCUGUAUCAUCGGCAAAGAAACCUUUGUCAUUUUGCAGCAUUUUAGCAACAUUAAUAUUGAAGGUUCAUCCUUAAGGGUAAUCAAACUGAGUUAUGUCGUAUAGUUUCCACAUCAUCAAAAAGCAAUUCAAGGAGGAGCUAACUCCUCAAAGGAAUUCAGACAAUUCCAAUAAUAGGAACACAGGUUAGAGCAUGGUACGUUUGGGGGACCCACAGGACACUGCCUUAGAAAAAGGAGUGGUUAUGAAUUAAAAUCAGGUAACAUUACAGCAGUUAGAAUAAAAACACAUAAUGCAUUAGCCAAAAGACCUAAAUCUUUUUGUUAACAGACACUGAAAAUUUACGUUUACUUUGUGAGGAAAACCUAUUCUACAUAUAUAUGAGACCUAAAAAAAAGUCUGUGUAUUAGGUAAAGAUGGUUUUAGGUAUUGAGAGAGAAAAAGAAAUGUAUGCAACUUCAGACAUGACCUUGAUGGAAGUCACGGACUCAUUGCUUCAACUUGAAACCAUUGUUACUAUCAAUGAAGAGGAACCGAAAAUUCAAAACAAACCAACUUUAAUUUACCCAUUAACCAUUCUCCCCUCAGCAAUCAUAACUUAAGAAAUAAACUAUGGAAAUUUAGCCUUUAAAAUGUAAUAAAUAAACCUCAACAGCGCUUUCCUUUCUCCUCUUUGAAGAAAAAGGUCAAGAAACUUCAUGCCAUCAUAGACCAAACUCUACUGGCAGCAGCAGAGGCCAGAGGGGUCACUGACACAACAAGGCAGGGACUGCAGAUCUUGUCAGACAAAAUGAUUACUUCCUUCCUUUCAGGUCUUCUUUUACCUUCCAGAGGACCAGUUCCAUGCAGGCAGUUGCAUUGUCAAUUGAAUUGUGACCUCCAAGUAGUACAGAAUAUAAAACAAUGUGUUAGACAAUGACUGUACCCAUGAUAUCACCCACAGCUGUUCUCAAAACAAAGCCUGGAGUUAAUGUUUAUAAAAAAUUAACACUGGUCACUUAGAAAAAUGGUAUUUUGUUUGCUUUGUAAAUGCUGUACAUAAGUCUAGAUUAGCAAACAUCUCCCUUUUCCUAUGUAGCCUGUCCUCACAUGGUGACUGCUUUGCUGUGACUAGAUAGCUCAUGGGCGCUCUCUCUCUCUGGAAAGAAGGUCCAGAGGGAAGGUAACAAAGGGGCAGGUAUUACAAAAAGAGAUCCAGCAAGGAGUAAAAAACAGUCUGUGAGGAGAAGUAGAACUGUCUACACAAAGAAUGACCUCAGAUACAAGAGUACAUGAUUUAAAAGAGUGGAUGAAAUUUACCCAAAAUAUAAAGUCUAUAGUUC